GAUCCGAGUGUCUGCUGACUUGACCGCAGUACGUAUUUGCAUAGCUUCUUUGACUAUUGAGCUACUGUAACAAUUAGAUUGGGAUCAAUAAAGUCCUUAUCUUAUCUGUUUAUUCAACUUAACUUUAGCUUCUUGCGGUAACGUACAACAUUAGUUUCACGUAACGCUCACCUACUGACUGAUAUUAGCUUAUGGGUAGCCACUGCUUACACAAUGUGGCCCCUCGGACAUGCCGUAGCAUGCUGUCUUCUUUUUCUUCUUCGUGGUGGGUUCGUUGUUGCCAUGGUAGAGUAUAACUGAACGUACUGCAGACACAUUAACGAGUGUAAGGCACACGGAUUAAAAAAUGGCUUCUUGCCUGGUCCCGGACUUCCCGGCCGUCAUGGUUGCUCUCGAGCAUUUAAAGGAGCUGGACAAGCAGCUGAAAGAGGACGACGUGCCAUUCUCAGCUGAAGCCAGCCUCCACCUGACGGAGAUAACUACUGCAAUCACCGAACUGGAGGCGGCUCGGCAUGCUGCUCAUGAACAUUUAGAAGUGGAAAGCAUAGAAAACAGCAAUCUGAGACACCAAAUUAACAAUAUAAGAGAAAGAAUGAGGCAGGAAAUUAUGAUUGACGUAGCAGCAGCCCGGGCAUCUAAUGCUGAAGAGAUAGAGCAGCUGCGCAAAGACCUCAACAGGGUUUCUCAGCUGCAAGAAGCCACCGUGAAGAGGCAGGAAACACUCUUGAGCCAGAAGGAAGCACUGUGCCCAGAGCGAGAGCAGGCAAAGGCCGAACACGAAGAGAUCAUCGCGGUUCAGAAUGAGCAAAUCACCUCAAAGUGUGGCUUGCAGAGGGAGCUGGAGGAGACACGGGACCGGAUAGACGAGCUGAAGUCCUGCAUCGCUGCUGUCGAACGGGACACAGUAACACUUCAGCAAAAGAUGGUGCUGGAGAGAGAGGCUCUCACAGUGAACAAAGACAACCUGUUCAGAGAGCUGCACCAGGCUGAGGGUAAAGUGAAGCAGCAGGAGCAAUCCAUCAGGAGGAGCAGAGGAGAAUUGGACAGACUUAAUGACAAGAAACGAGAAACCCAUAAACAUCUGGGGGAGCUCAUGAUUGACAUGGCCAAGCUGGAGAGUAAUUUACGAAGACUGGCAGCCUCUCGGUGCCAGAGCGAGCAGCAGCUGCAGGGGCAAACUCAAAAGCAUUCAGAAUUGAGGCAACAGAGAGAAACGCUGAAGAAGGAGUUGCGUGAGUUAGGGGAAGUAUUCUGUGUUGCUGUCCAGCGUCUUAAAGAAGAAAUCGCCGCAGUGGAAGAUAAAAUAGAGAAGGUUCAAGCAUCAACAUUGCUCUUUCAAGACUCCCUGGCUAAACUAUAUGAGGUAUUCAAGCAUCAGUGUGAUGAAGAGAACGAAGUGAGGGAAGAGUAUGUCCAUGUCUCGCAGCAGCUCGAGCGAUCCAAGCUGCAGCUGGAGGAGCGCAUUGCCUCUAUAGUCAAACACAGCAAGGAGAUCAAAGAGAUGGACAAGCAGAUCAGAGACCUCCUGGAGACUGAAGUAAUCACCAAGCGUGUGUUUGAGGGGAAUCGGAGGGAUUUGUGCGAUAACGUCGAGACAGAGAAGAAGAACAUCAGUCAUUUGGAGGAGGAGAAGAAGCGGCUAGGGGGGCUUUUGGAGGAGGCGAAGAGGAAGCAGGAGGAGCAAGUAGCGAAGAUGACCUCGGAUAUCGGCGACACCAGGAGGAGAUACCAGGAGCUUCGACGAGAGGAGGCCGCACUCCAAAAGCGUCAGCCCAAGAGCUCAAAUGCUGACUUGCUGAUGAGACAUGUGACCCAGUGUGAGGUGGAGUACAGACAAAUAGAGACCAAACACCUUGAGGAAAUAGAGCGGUGCACUGCAGAGUCCAUGAGCAUCACGAGGAGCAGCAAGGAGAAGCAGAGGGAGGUGGAGGAGCAAGAUGAGAUGCUGAAGGAGGAGGUUGCAAAGUGGAAUGAAGAGCAAUCCAGGCAUCAGAGACUGAAUACGCUGACCUCCGAGCUCAGGGGGAAGAGAAGCGAUCUGGAGCUGUUGAUCCAGGGGCUGAAGGAGGAAACAGGCGCUCUGCUUCAGCCCAAACAGGAAAUGAAGACCGAGCUGGAGGAGCUGCGAGAAAGUUACACGGACGUGCUCGAUAAACAGGCCUCAGAGCUGAGAGCUGUAGAGAUCGGCAUCUAUAACAAUAGCAUAUCACUGGAGCAGGUCCGCGUGGAGAACAGCAGGCUGCAUCUCUCCAUCAGACAGAUGACGGAGGAUAUGGACGGAGCCAGAGAGGACAAAGAACGGUACUGGCAGGAGGUUCACCAGUUCAACCGGGACAUAAAUACCUUGUUUGAGAGCUUACAGGAUGCGUGGAAAGAGGAUUCGUCGAUAACUCGGGACAGUCAGAAUAGUGACGGUGUGCUGUUGGUGUCGAUGAGUGCCAUGUUGAGCCACCUGAAGACCAGGAGUCAACAGCUGGGGGACGUCGGCACACUUCUACACCACCAAAUGUUAGACUUCAGCAAACGACUGGGGGAUAAAUCAAUUCUGGAACAGCAGACUUCAGAUGACCUGUAGUGUAUAUAUGAAUUCAUAUAAACUGUGGAUAGAAUUUAAUACAUAAAAUACAAAGUUGAUAUUAAUUUGUAAUCAAAAAAAUGUAAUAAAGCUCACAGCAACAGAAGAUGAAAACAACAAAACUGGGACAUAUUCUUCACUCCUUUCAUUUCUCUUCAUGUUGACAUGAUUGGAUUAAUAGUGUGUAGUAGAUGCUGUAUUACUUUGAGUAGUGAAGACAUUCAUCACAACAUUUUAAUUUGUCAAACAUAUGUCACUUAUAACUUGAUUAAUUUCUGUAUUGCCUUAAUUGCUGAAACAGCUAUUGUUAAUGUUAUUAGUUCUUCUUGUGCUGCUUUUCCCGCAACGACAAAUCUAAAUGUCUGCUUUGGAAACACUGCAAUUUUUGAGCUAAAAUAGAGCCAACGUAAAGCACUUUGUAUUUGUUCUGUGUUUGAGAUGUGCGCUAUCUCUACUUGUUCACAGAUUCCUAUAACAGGUCACAAAUGUAGUACUUUUCCUUCUUUUUGUUAUGCACACGGUGUUGCUAAUGAAAUAAUAAUGAAGUCAAGUUGUUACGUUAUACAAGCUAACUAAAGCAACAACAAAGGUAAUAUAUAGAGCUUUAAAAUGUAUGUGUAAGUGAGAGCAGCAGAUGACUCAUCUGAAUGUGAGACACAUUCGUUAAUGAUGUGACUCCACUUGUACUUUGACUUCACCAAGUAAAUCCAAACUAUUGGGUGCUUUCUCCACUUUGUUGUCAUUAUUAUUAUUAUUCUCUCUGAGUCUCUGUCAUAUACACCAUCAUUUUGUUCUUCCUUGCACUGAAAUUAAGAAACAACAACUAACUUCUCUCUUCUAGUCUGUUUCCUUUUAUUAAGGCAUCACCAUUUCUCCCAAAUCUGUAAAUUAAAUCACAAGUUUAAAUGUUUUUGUCAUUGUGAUGCUCAAAUAGUCAAAGGAAAUAUGGCCUGUUAUUAUUUCAUGUAUAUUUAUUUACCAAUUGGUUGUUUGAGAAUGCACAAUAAUGCACAAUAACUGUGAGAGCCAGCUGUCACCCACUGCGUUUUUCCUCCUGCUUUUUGUUAUUUAUAAUACAUUUGUUUUUUGAUAAAUGCUUUAAGUGUUAGUGUAGCAAACCAAAUGACCAUGCUAAAAUAAAAAAAGAAACUGAUUGUUUGAAGAACAGUCACUAGUAAAAUUCAAAGUGUGGCGUCGCUUUUUUUUACCUGUUGCCUGUUACAUCCAUCUGCUGCCAUUAUAAUUCCCUAAUGUGUAAAUAUAAUUGACCGUCGUCUGUUCUUCCUCUUCAGACUGUAU